GUGCGUUUCCGUCGCCGCCCGCUCCUAGUGCCCGGUUGCCCUUUAACGCCCUCAGGUGGUAGCGCUUAGUCUCCUUCGCUGGGGUUGGAGCUGUGGAGAGGUCUCGACAGCUGGGAGAUGGACUCAGUGGCCUUUCAGGAUGUGUCUGUGGAUUUCAGCCAGGAGGAAUGGGCUCUGCUGGAUCCUUUACAAAAGAAGCUAUACAGAGAUGUGAUGCGGGAAACCUUCAGGAACCUGGCUUAUAUAGGGAGCAAAUGGGAAGAUCAGAACAUUAAAGAUCAGUACAUAAAACAGGGAAGAAAUCUAAGAAGUUUUUUGAUACAGAGACUCUGUGAAAGUAAAGAAGGUGAUCAGUAUGGAGAAAACUUCAGCCAGAUUUCAGAUCCCACUAGGACCAAGAAAACCACUGGAGGAAAACCAUAUGAAUGUACUGUUUGUGGGAAGGGCUUCAUGCUUCAUUCAUCCCUUACAAGGCACAUUAAAUCUCACCCUGGACAUGAACUUGAUGGAUUUCGAUAUGGAGAAAAGCCAUAUAAAUGCAAAGAAUGUGGGAACACCUUCAGUUAUCUCAAAUCCUUCCAAAGACAUGAAAGGAAUCACACUGGAGAGAACCCUUAUAAAUGUAAACAGUGUGGGAAAACCUUCAUAUAUCACCAGCCCUUUCAAACACAUGAACUCACACACAUUGGAGAGAAACCCUACCAAUGCAAGCAUUGUGGGAAAGCUCUCAGUUCUCCCAGUUCUCUUCGAAUUCAUGAAAGGAUUCACACUGGAGAGAAGCCCUAUGAGUGUAAGAAAUGUGGGAAAGCCUUCAGCUGUCCCAGUUCUAUUCAAAUCCAUGAGAGAACCCACACUGGAGAAAAACCCUAUACAUGUAAGGAAUGUGGGAAGGCCUUCAUUUCCCGAACAAGUGUUCAGACACACAUGAUAACACACAAUGGAGACAGACCUUAUAAAUGUAAGGAAUGUGGGAAAGCAUUCAUUCGUCCCAGUUUUUUACGUGUACAUGAACGAAUUCACACUGGAGAGAAACCCUAUGAAUGUAAACAAUGUGGUAAAGCCUUCAGAUGUUCUACUUCCAUUCAAAUUCAUGAAAGAACUCACACUGGAGAGAAACCAUAUAAAUGUAAGGAAUGUGGGAAAGCCUUCAGUGCUCGCCCUGCCUUCCGAGUGCAUAUGAGAGUGCACACUGGAGAAAAACCCUAUAAGUGCAAAGAAUGUGGGAAAGCUUUCAGUCGUCUCAGUUACUGUCGGGUACAUGAAAGGACUCACACUGGAGAAAAACCCUAUGAAUGUAAAAAGUGCAGGAAGACCUUCAACUAUCCUCUAGAUUUGCAGAUACAUGAACGAAAUCACACUGGAGAAAAACCUUAUGAAUGUAAGGAAUGUGCAAAAGCCUUCAUUUCUCUUGAAAACUUUCGAAGGCACAUGAUAACACACACUGGAGAUGGACCUUAUAAAUGCAGUGAUUGUGGGAAGGCUUUCAUUUUCCUCAGUGCAUUGCGAACACAUGAAAGAACUCAUACCGGAGAGAAGCCUUAUGAAUGUAAACAGUGUGGGAAAGCCUUCAGUUGUUCUAGUUAUGUUCAGAUACAUGAAAGGACUCACACUGGAGAGAAACCCUAUGAAUGUAAGGAAUGUGGGAAGGCCUUUAUUUACCCCACAAGCUUUCAAGGACACAUGCGAAUGCACACAGGAGAGAAACCCUAUAAGUGUAAACAAUGUGGAAAAGCUUUUAGUCUUCGCAGUUCUUUUCAAAGACAUGAGAGAACUCAUAGUGGAGAGAAACAUUUUGAAUGUAAGCAGUGUGGAAAAGGUUUUACUUUGUCCACAUCCUUAAAUAAACAUGUGAAGUUGCACAGUAGAUAGAAGUGAAUGAGAAUGGGGGAACAUUUUCAGUUUCAACAAACGGUGUUCAGUCAUGGCUUCCCACUAGAUGCAAAGUAGUCAUGUACGUCUUAGUUACUUUCUUAUUGCUGGAACAAAAUACCCAACACCCAAUAUAUAGAGGUUUCAGUCCAUAGUCAGUUGACUCCAUGGCAGGAGAGAAACAGCCCAUGGCAGGCAGAUAGAAAGCAGCAAAGACUUCCGUUUUGUUCCUUUGUAUUCCAGGCUAGUAGCAUAUUAAGGGGUGCCACCCAAACCCAUGGUGGGGCCUUCAGUAAAUCCAGUCAGCCAUACCCAGAACUAUUGUAAUCCAAGUAGAGGACUAAUGCACCUUUAAUCCAUAUUUACAUACCAGAGACCCAGCCACCUCUGAAAAGCCCUACCUAUGAGUAAGAGUGAUGUGGCUUUGGGGAGACAUCUAGAUAUGCACUAUAACAAUAUAUGAUGAGCCAGAAAAUUCAAAAUGUGAAAGAAAUGUUAUAAAAUUCAAACGUUCUUAUACCACUAGGUUUUUGGGGGGAGAGUUGGGGGAUUUUUUGGAGUUUUAGGGAAUGAAAUUAGGGCCUUGCAUAUUGUGUGCUCUACCACUGACUACACCCCCAGCUUAAUGGUGGACUGUGUGCCUAGUGUGCACAAGACCCUGGGUUUGACCUCUAGCACAGCAAAAGGAAAACAGCCAGAAGUGACAGCACAUACCUAUAAUCCC